AUGGCGAGCUUCCAGCCACGGUCAAUGGACACCCACACGGCCAAGGGCCAGCGCACUGUAGCGGCGGCCGCCGAGAGGAACAAGGAGCCCAUCCUGGCGGUGCUGCAAGAGUUCCUGGGCAGCGCCGGGGAGGGGCUGGUGCUGGAGGUGGCGUCCGGCACCGGCCAGCACACGGCGCACUUCUCCUGCGGCCUGCCGCGGCUCACCUUCCAGCCCACAGAGUACGCUGCAGAGAGCGUGCCCAGCAUCACGGCAUGGACCAAGGGCCUGCCCAAUGUGCUGCCGCCGAUGCUGCUGGAUGCUUCGGCGCCUGACAGCUGGGGCCUCGAGGCGGGCUCCUGCCGCGCCGUUUUCGCCGCCAACCUGUGCCACAUCAGCCCCUGGGCUGCCACGCUGGGGCUACUGGCAGGCGCGGGGCGCGUGCUGCAGCCGGGCGGCGAGCUCUUCCUGUACGGACCCUUUAGCGUGGACGGCUCCCCCACCACUGACAGCAACAAGCAGUUUGACCAGAGCCUGCGGGCCAGGAACCCCGAGUGGGGGUACCGAGAUGUGGCUGACGUGGCGGCAGCGGCCGCCGCAGCGGGCAUGCAGCUGGUGGAGCGGCGGGCCAUGCCUGCCAACAACUUCAUGCUGGUGUUCCGGAGGCAGGAGGGGGAGACAGUAGGCAGCACUUAG